CGUCAAUAUGUACUUUGACGCAGCUCUCCCAAGGAGCCGUUCUGCCCUCUGUCGGUGAAACGUGGAAAGCACAAAAAUAGUACAACAUUCAAAUCACAUGUGCGCUUAAACGAGGUCUUUCUGAAUCAUUUAAAAUGCUGCCAUGCUUAUCUCAUAUUAAAAUGUGUAAUUUAUACAUACUUAGAAGAUCAAAAUAUACAUGUAUAAUAUAUAAGAAAUGUAAUGUGUGUUCACCUGCUGAACACAGACAGGUGAGGAGACCUAAGAGAGUGUUGAUCGUUACUAAUCCUAUUACAAGAUCCGAGAGGACGCGACUCGAUCAGCUGAGAAGGGGAAAGGUACAAGGCCAGACAGCCUCCUCUCUGCUAUCUCCUUUUCAUUUUAGGAUUUUAAAGAUGCCUCUUUUUUUAAACAAGGACCAAAUAUUUGCUCACCAGGUACAUCUACUGGAGCACAAACUGAGGAGCAAAGAGGAGCGGAUACUUGAACUGGAGACAGAGAAUGCUAUUCUUCAUUUAAGACUUGCAGAGUGUUUGGGCAAACUACGCAAGGACCCCGAAGAGGAGGCCGCCAAGGCCGCGGACCGUGAUCGGCUCCAGAGGAGCACCCAGAAGUUAACCCAGUCGGAUUUUGACAGGCUGCUCUCUGACGUCCAGGCCGUGAAGCAGGACCUGAGUGAGGUGUUCGCGAUCUAUGUCAGCUUUGCCUCCGAGCUGGAGGAGCAGAGCAAGCAGCUGCUGGAGAAAGUCGAGCAGGCCAGCUCCGGUCUGAAUGGCCACCGAAGAGAUGAGUUACAGAACCUGCAGGUCCGUGUUGCAGACCUGGAGCGCUCUCUGGAGGAAGAAAGGGAGAGGUGCGGCGCGGAGAGGCAGAGGAGGAAAGAGCUUCACAAUACGUUGGUGGAGCUGAGGGGGAACAUCAGGGUUCACUGCAGGGUGCGUCCAGUUCUGGCCUUCGACCACGUCCAGUCCUCCAACACUGGAUCAGGGCCUGUGUCAUGCGAGGAAGUCGUCCACGCCAUCAGCGAUGACACAGUGAUGGUGAAUUGUCUGAGGACAGGGAUUCCGGCGCAAAAUAAGAUGUUUGAGUUCGAGAGGGUGCACGGGCCGGAGGACGGCCAGGACGUUGUGUUUGAGGAAGUCAGGCCGCUCCUUACGUCUCUGCUGGACGGCUAUAACGUUUGCAUCAUGGCGUAUGGGCAGACAGGCAGCGGGAAGACCCACACCAUGCUGGGGACCCAGACACCGGAGGAGCACUCAGGAAUGAAGCAGGACUCCCAGCACGGUAUUAUCCCCAAGGCUGCUGCUGAGCUCUUUCGGUUGAUCUCGGAGAAGCCAGCGGAGAGUCACGCCGUGGAGGUGUCGGUGAUGGAGGUGUACAACAACGAGGUGUUCGACCUGCUCGCCAAAGACGCGCACGGGAACGCCGUCAGCCUGCGCCGGGACGUCGUCACCACCUCCUCCGGUACCAGCCAAGUCACCUCCCUCACAUACGAGCCCGUGCGUGACGCCUCCGAGGUGAUGCAGGUCAUCGGCGGAGUUCUGAAGCUCCGGGCUCACUGUCCCACCCUCAUCCACGCCGACUCGUCGCGCUCCCACCUCAUCGUCACCCUCACCAUUUCCUCCAAGAGCCCCAACGCGCUGGCGCUGGCCCGCAGGCUGCAGACUGCCAAGGUGGACGUGCAGCAGCAGCGCUCCGCGCACAGGGAGUGGUGGAGCCCGCGCUGCCCCCGCCGCGCCAACCCCGCCGCCCGCCUCUCGUCCGGUUCUUCUCUCUCGGCGAGCCCGGCCUCCUCUCCCUGCCCGUCCCCUUCCCUGUCCCCUUGUCCCUCCCCCAGGCACAGCAUCACGCAGACUCCGUUCAGGACCAAGCUGCAGCUGGUGGACCUGGCAGGGAGCGAGUGUGUCGGCAUGUCUGGAGUUUCCGCUGCAGGUCUCUGGGAGGUGUCGUGCAUCAACCGCAGUCUCUCGGCUCUGUCAGACGUCCUGGGAGCUCUGGCUGAGCAGAGGCCGCACGUCCCGUACAGGAACAGCAAACUCACUCAUCUGCUACAGGACGCCAUAGGUGGCGAUGCCAAGCUGCUGGUGAUGCUGUGCGUCUCCCCGACGCAGCGCUUCAUCACGGAGUCCCUUCAGUGUCUGGGCUUCGGCAUGAGGGCCCGUCAGGUCCAGAAGGAGCCGCCCCGGAGGAAGAAUAACACCCUCAAGGUUAAGUGACAAGCCGGAGGAAGGUUUAACCGCGCCAAUCCUUUACCAGUCAAGUCAACGGAGGGAAAGAAAGGCGAGGACAGGGGAAGCGUGACAGAGAAAAGAGAUCAGGAGUGAUUCUUACAGAGGAGAGGACAGUGUCAAGUACUGUACAUCAGACUGUAUCUGUGGACAGGUGAGAACACGGACACAUCCACAGCCUUAAACAGGACAUCUCACUGCACUCACCGGAACUCUCAUUUAAUUACUCUGUGCUGAAUAAAUCUACCAUUUUUCUGCAUAAUUAGUAGAAUUUAAAUAUUUUCCCAGACCGCUGAUUCUCUGUAAUGCUCAUUAGUGUGUAAUUAGCACAGACAAUAAUGAAGUUCUCGCACAGCGUGUGUGCAAACUUGGUAACUUUGACAGUGCUGUAUUUAGUAUUUUAUUAAUUGCAACUAUUAUUCGAUUCAUUUGUAUCCACGCGAGCGUCAGAUAGAACUGUGAUGUUUCUGUUUCUGUCUGUGAACCCCUGCUCCUGCUUUGCCUUCUCCUUUACAGAGUUUACUGGAUGCAGCUCAUACAGUGUUUCUAUACUUUUGACGUAUUCUAUAUGUGUAAUCAUCCUUUUUCAAAAGCCUUGAUAGGAUAGGAUCACUACCACUCGAAAAUAAACAUGAUAAACGCG